GAUAUCCAGCCCAACGCAGACUCCAGUCUGUCUAACAGGUGCUAGGUCCGAGAGGCAACCAACAACGAACCCUGGGGCGCGUCCUCAUCGCUGAUGCAGGAGAUUGCCAACGGCACAUUCAACUAUGCUACUCUUAACGAGAUCAUGCCUAUGAUUUACCGUCGAUUCACAGAAAAGUCCGCCGAAGAGUGGCGGCAAAUCUACAAAGCUCUUCAGCUUCUCGAGUUCCUUAUUAAGCACGGUUCCGAACGAGUCAUCGACGAUGCCCGCGGUCACAUCACACUCCUCAAGAUGCUUCGCCAGUUCCACUUUAUCGAUCAGAACGGAAAGGACCAAGGAAUCAACGUUCGCAACCGUGCCAAGGAAUUGGCCGAACUCCUAGGCGACGUCGAGCGGAUCCGAACGGAGCGCAAGAAGGCGCGGGCAACCAAGAACAAGUACACUGGUGUCGAAGGUGGAAUGAGUAUGGGAGGCGGUUUCUCGAGCGGGAGCGGCAGUCGUUAUGGAGGAUUCGGCAGCGAGCAGGGAGGCUACGGUGGCUACUCCGGAGGCGUCUACGGUGACGGUGGUGGAUUCGGCGGAGAGGAGAGCAACGACUACGGCAAAACACAGUCUCACGGCGACAAGUUUGAAGAGUACGACGAGGGUGAGGAUGACGUUCGUCCAGCUGCCAGCUCCUCGUCGUCUCGCUCCAAGAGACCAGAGCGGGCUGUCGCUGCCGCUCCCAAGACCGAGCCUCCCAAGAAGAAGGAGCCCGAAGUUGACCUCUUCUCCUUCGACGAUCCUGCGCCAGCUUCUAUGCCAGCCCCCGUUGCCCCAUCCAACGGGUCCGGUUUCGCCUCUCUGUCUGCUGCUCCGGUCGCCGCCAACGACGACGAUGACUUUGACGACUUCCAAUCCGCGCCCUCGGCUCCCGCAGCAGCCACUCCCAUGUCCCCUCCCGUCAUGACAGCCAACUCUGCCACAACUUUCGCCGCGCCCCAGCCGGUCUCCGCACCUCAACAGGCCAACAUCGGCAACAUGGUCAGCAUGUCUUCCAUGUCGCCCGCCCCGAGCGCCAACUACUCAGCUUUCAGCACGCCCGCUGUCGCCUCCCCCGCGGCACAGAUCAAGCCUAGUGGAUACCAGCCUUCAGGGCCCAACUACUUCGGCUCCGUUCAGACCGCGGUUCCGCAGGCUACUGGUGGCUCUUUCGCUUCUACUCCUGGUGCUGCGGCGGCGGCAAAGCCAGCUUCGGCUGCUGCUAAGCCGGCCGCUGCCGGUGGUGACGCCUUCGGCGCCCUGUGGUCACAGGCCAGCUCCGGUGUCAAGAAGACAAGCACACCCACCACUGGCCCGGCCUUGGGUCAGCUUGCGAAGGAGAAGAGCAGUGCUGGAAUCUGGGGCGCCCCUGCUGCGGCGUCGACACCGAAGCCAGCCGGAAACUCCUCCACCGGCGGAAACCACGGCCUGGACGACUUGCUUGGUUAAGCCUACAAUAAUGAUACAAAGACGCGGAGACGAAGACCUGGAGUGGAAGAGACGGGGCUCACCCAACCUUACAGCAUCACUGGCCAAGCAGCAACGCAAGCAAAGAGGCCGCCGCGGUGAUGGUAAGGCGAGACGACGUGUGCUGAUAGGCUUUUUUACCUAGGCGUAUCGGCAGGCAAAAGAAGACUGCAACACGUGAACCAUAUACUGAAAUUUCAAGCGAACCACAUUCAAUACUUAGGUCCUCAUGGAUUUUUUCACCUCGUGCAAUGUGACAUCAU